CCAUGGUCGUGUGCAUGAGCCCUUAUGCUGUAUACACUAUUUACUGCAUUAUUAUUUUUGUACUAUUCUUUUGCCCCACACAAUACAUCUUACAGUUUUCAAUCAGGAUCAAUAUUGCAGUUACAUCCAUGUCAUGGAGUCCCAGAGCCACCAGAUUGGUCAUUUCCCUGUGACAUCUCACCUUCCUGCUGCCCUUGGAUUAGAUUUCUCACCCUUUUUCUCCUCUACCCUAGAUUAAUUAGUAUAUUAAGUCCCUGCGGUGAGAACUCUGUGUGGAUCACACAUCACAGGAGAACAGUAUCUCUGCCGUCAUCCUCCAUACUGUAAGAUGAGAGAAGGGUGGAGGCCGUGUAAUACAGAACCAACGGCACUUGCUGCGUCAGAUGGUGGCUGGCAGAUGGUCAAUGUGGUCUUAUAGUUCAGUGCAUCUUAUAGUCCAAAAAAAACAAACGGUAAUACCUGAAUGCCAUCAGGUCAUACAGCUGACAUCUGAAAUAUCAAGUGAAGUGAGAAGACCGAUGCCAGAGCUGUGGUAAAACAAUUCAAUCAUUUCCGAUCCUGGUCCAUCUGACCUUUGACCUUCCAAUUACAGACUGUAAAGAGAGAUGUUUGCACAAGCUCACAAGUCUGAUGCAGGCGGUGAUGCCGCAACCACCCUCAUUAAUCACUCCUCCAUGGUCAUCCAGCGCCUGCAGGAGCUGCUCCAGAAUGGCAACGCCAGUGACAGCACGCUACGUGUACGCACCACCAACUCGGAUGAGGUGAAGAUCAUCCACACCCAUCAGCUCUUGCUUAUUCUGCAAAGUGAUGUCUUUGAAGGACUCUUAGGAAACCAAAGCGUGGUGUCCCUACAGGAGCCCCCAGAGUGCGCUGUUCUGUUUGAGAAAUUCAUGAGGUAUUUCUAUUGCGGGGAGAUCUCAGUCCAGUUAAAUCAAGCCAUACCGCUGCAUCGUUUGGCCAGCAAGUACCAUGUCUCUGCUCUACAGAAAGGCGUUAGUGAUUAUAUGAAGACCCAUCUUGCCAGUGAGUCAACUCAGGGCCACGUAGUCAGCUGGUACCAUUACGCUUUAGGGAUUGGUGAUGAAACACUGCAGGAAAGCUGCCUGAAGUUCUUGGCCUGGAACCUUUCCACGGUGAUGAAUAGCAACGAGUGGGUGACGGUGAGCGACGACCUCAUGGUUUCUCUUCUACAAAGAUCAGACUUGGUAUUGCAGAGCGAGUUAGAAUUGUUUGCUUCAGUUGAAGAGUGGGUGAAUCGGAACAACCCGAAUGUGUCCAUUAUUGAGAAGGUCCUGAGAUCUAUCAGGUACCCCAUGAUUCCUCCAAGUCAACUUUUUCAAAUCCAGAAGCAGUCGAUGUUAUUGGCAUCCUAUCAACAUCUUGUCCAGGAUCUUCUCUUCCAAGCCUUCCAGUUUCACUCAGCUUCCCCUCUACAUCUUGCAAAGUAUUUUGAUGUUAACUGCAGCAUGUUCAUUCCUCGGAAUUAUCUAUCUUCAUUUUGGGGGUCCCAAUGGAUCAUUAACAACCCUGCCAGGGAUGAUCGAAGCCUCAGCUUUCAAACUCAACUUGGCCCGAGCAACUAUGAUUCCAGUAAGAAGAUUACCUGGAAUGCGCUCUUCUCUCCACGUUGGCUUCCCGUCAGUCUCCGUCCUGUCUACUCAGAGUCUGUGUCUGCUGCUUCUCAAACAAACCGUCUAGAAGAUGGAAGGCCACGGUUGGUGAUCACUUCGGCCAUGAGCGGCCUAGAUUUUGCGGGAGUCACUUUCCAGAAGAUUAUACUGGUGGGAGUGAGGAGACAACAAGGCAAAAUCUUUGUGAAGCAUGUGUACAGUGUCCACCAGAGCACAGAUGAAGUGUCUGACUUCCUGGCCCAUGCCGAUCUGCAGAAACGGACCUCGGAGUAUCUGAUCGACAACUCCAUUCAUCUCCAUAUUAUCAUCAAGCCCAUCUACCAUUCUCUAAUCAAGGCCAAGUGAUACAGAAAUUCAGCAUUAGCUUAUCUAGGGGUGUGAUGCUCAGUGCAGGACCUGCACAUUACCAUGGACCCUUAUUGCUAAAAAAUGCUGUUUCUCCAGUAUGGUUGGUUAAGAUGUGCUACUUGCCAGGUCCAAGCCUGACCAAAAACUUGGAAGGGUAUCUGGACCAUAAAACAUCAUCUGACAUGCUACUGACAAAUAAUCUUUGUUGAAGGCUCAAUAAUUGAUAGGACGGCAUGACCCCUCAGCUUCACCCAAUCAAAGAUUUAUAGUCCUGCAAAUUUUAACAGGAACUUAGUUU